UUACAACAUUGUAGAAGGCUACCUGAACCAUUCCCGGACACACAGUUUGAAAAGUUUACCGACAAGAUAACACAGACACACGAACUUCAGAAGUUAAAGCGAGUUUUAUUACUGAAGUCACGAGCCUCACUGUAAGACAACAGUUUGAGUAAAUCAUGGAUUUUAAUUGAGACGAGUACAUUUGGACUCGGGGCUCGUGCCGCGGACGCCAGGUGUAUGCAAGUAGAAGUUGAUUAACCUGUUGCGGGACAUUUUCGAUAUGGAGGAGUCCAGAGACUUGUAUGAUGUGUACAACACAAAUGCCUCCCCUCCGUGGACAGAACCCCAGCAUCAGUGUCUGGAGGAACUGGACAAUGUGGAGUGUCUCAGAAGGAAGAUCAAAUAUUACUUUAUGAAUCCCUGUGAGAAAUAUCACGCUCGUGGACGAAAACCAUGGAAACUCAUACUGCAGAUUAUUAAAAUUGCCAUCAUCACCAUCCAGCUGGUGUCUUUUGGCCUCAGUAACCAGAUGGUGGUCACGUUCAAGGAGGAAAGUCUGAUGACAUUCAGGCACCUUUUCUUGAAAGAUUAUGUUGAUGGAAGCAUGGAUACGUAUGCUGUCUACAGACAGGAGGAUGUAUAUGAUCAUAUCGAUUACAUAAUCGAGCAGUAUGGAAUUCUGCACAACACCACGGUGGGAAAUCAUGAAUAUGAGAAAAACGGUGCUUUCUACACACCGUUGACACUGUGUCAGGAGUACUACAGGAACGGCACCAUCUUCCCUGGAAAUGAGACCUUUGAAAUCGACGCCCAAGUGGAAACUGAAUGCCUUGAAGUUUAUCCGAUGUAUCGCCCGUCAUUGCGGCAAGCACUUCCACAUUUUGAAUUACAUUUCAAAAGGAUGCUCUCUGUCAAGAUGACAUUUGUUCUUAAGGCCAUAAAUUUACAGACUGUGAGACAUCGAGAGCUGCCAGACUGCUACGACUUCACUGUGAUCAUCACUUUCCACAACCAAGCUCACAGUGGCAGGAUAAAGGUUGACCUGGAAAAUGAUGUAGACAUCAAUGAAUGCAGAGGCUGGAAAGUAACUGGAGCGUCUGCUAGAAACAUACACCUGACUGUGCUGUUUGACUGCCUCAUCAUCAUAAUGUGCAUUGUCUCCUUCACGCUCUGCACACGCUCAGUGAUUAAUGGGAUUCAACUGAUGAGUGAGUACACACUCUACUGCAGAAACUACUGCAGUAAACAAGUCCCAAUGUCAGACAAGCUGGAGUUUUUGAGUGGUUGGUAUAUCCUGAUCAUUGUCAGCGACACACUGACCAUCAUUGGCUCCAUUCUGAAGAUGGCGAUCCAGACUAAGGUCCUCACAAGCUAUGAUGUUUGCAGCAUCUUACUCGGCACAGGCACCAUGUUCGUCUGGAUUGGGGCCAUCCGCUACAUGGGCUACUUUAGGAAGUAUAAUAUUCUCAUCCUGACACUCAGGGCUGCUUUCCCAAAUGUUAUCCGUUUCAUCUGCUGUGCUGGAAUCAUCUACCUGAGUUACUGCUUCUGCGGCUGGAUCGUCCUUGGCCCCUACCAUGAGAAGUUCCGGACCUUGAACACGGUGUCAGAGUGUCUGUUUUCUCUGAUCAACGGAGACGACAUGUUCCCCACCUUCAAGAACAUGAAGCAGAAGAGCAGCCUGGUGUGGAUUUUCAGCAGGGUCUACCUCUACACCUUUGUCUCACUCUUCAUCUACAUGAUCCUCAGCCUUUUCAUUACAAUCAUCACUGACACCUACGACACCAUAAAGCAACAACAGCAGAGUGGAAUCCCGACAUCAGAGCUGCAGAAAUUCUUGUCAGUGUGCAAAGACCUGCCAAACUCUGGGGUGUACAGACUCGACGAGAACAACAGCUGCUUCUUGAACUGCUGCAUCAACAGGUGCAGGGAGCAUCAAGAGAGGCUGACCUCAGAGGCAUAGCCUUAAGGGAAAGGUAUUCAAAGACUACUAUAUAAACUAUUACCUAACAAUUGAUGCACUUUAUGCUCUUAUAUUUAGUGGAAAUGGGUGAAAGGGUCUUGAAAAUCUUUUGUCUUUACCAAUAGGCCCGAGGUUUGCUCAGGAUAUUGAUUUACUGUAAAGAGGCAAUUUUUUAGUGCUGAAAAAAAAGGGACCCCAGAUAACAUGAAGGUUAGAAAUGAAGGAACUGAGGCCUGGUCUACAUGUACAUGAGUAUUGUUUAAAACGUAUCUUUUUCUGUGUGUUUUGGACUUUCGUCUACACAGUGUUGAUGUGUAGACAAGAGCAAUAGAGUUUCUGGUUUUGAUGCACCGUUGUUGUUAGCCUGAUGAAACCAGUAAUAACUUUUUUCAGGCUUCUAAUUGGCCAGGAUGGCUUUAAGGUUAGGGUUAUACCGCCACCUGUUGGUUUGGCAUUCUUUUGACAGUGUGUUUUUAAGUUUUUGUGAGGAAAACUCCAGUUUUGAUAAAUAUCCCUGUAUGUGUAGACUAGGCCUCAGACAUUUAAGCAUAGUCUCUAUGAUGCACUAAUGCGGAGAACACUUUGCAAAUACAGUUCUUUAUAUUGAUAUGUAAACGAAAAAAAUGAUUGUGACAUUGAAAUUUGAAACAGUACUGUUUUUCCAAAGCACUAUGAAGGAUCCCAAUGUUGUAUGCUGAAGAUAAUGAAUCAAGGUGAAAUAAAUAAUCUCUAAUGUAUGAGAUUUUAUUUCUCCACUGA